AUGUCGCUACCGGACGUCCUGCGGCGCGGGGAUGAAUUCCUCAGUGAAUAUCCUAGGCAAUCUGUGCUUUGGCAAUGGGCAUCUCAUGGGACUUGCAUGGCAACGAUCGCUGCGUCGAAAGCAUUCUUGAAGUUAUUUUAUAAUGUGCGCCUAACGCAUGUGGAUAAGCUCGAAAAUGCGCUGGAACGGACGGUGGCGGAGAACAGAGGGCUCCUGACGAUAAUGAAUCACAUGUCGGUGGUGGACGACCCGUUUUUGUGGGCGGCACUGCCGUGGAGGAUUUAUCGGCAUAUGGACCAGAUGCGGUGGUGUCUCGGCGCACAGAACGUUUGUUUCCAGAAUAGAGGACUAGCGGCGUUCUUUUCGUUAGGCAGGGUUCUAUCCACCGAGAGGUUUGGGGCGGGCCCGUUCCAGGGUUCCAUCGAGGCCUCCAUCCGGCUGCUGUCUCCGGACGACACGCUGGAUCUGGAGUGGACCCCGCACUGCGAGAAGCCGCUCGAGUCGCCUCAGCUGCUGGAGCCGAUGAGGAAGGUUGAGUAUAUCCCGCCUGUGCGGCGUGUGCGGCCGUCGUGGGUCCAUGUGUUCCCGGAGGGCUUUGUGCUACAGCUGGAGCACCCACACGCCAACUCGAUGAGGUACUUCAAGUGGGGCAUUACACGGAUGGUCCUGGAGAGUACCAAGCCGCCGAUCAUUGUGCCGAUUUUUGCGACUGGCUUUGAGAAGAUAGCGCCAGAGUCGGCUGCUGGGACCGUUGUGGAGCGCUACUUGCCGCGGAACUUCGGCGCAGAAAUUAAUGUGACAAUAGGAGAUACUGUCGACGAUAACAUUAUAGAAUCGCUUCGUGCAGAGUGGCGCAGUCUAGUGGAAAAGUACCAUGAUCCAGAAAACCCCACCGAUCUCACCCCGGAGCUGCGUGAUGGCCAAGAAGUAAGAGACCUUCGAUCCAGGGUAGCGGCUAUAUUGCGCGAACAUGUAGCUGCCAUUCGCCAUGAGAACCACGGCCUACCGCUUGAGGACGAAAGGUUUAAGUCUCCUGCUUGGUGGAAGAAGUAUACGCAUACUGAAGGCGAAUCGGCGAAAGAUGUGCGCUUUAUCGGCCAGAACUGGGCCAUUAAAAGAUUGCAGGAGCCGAGUAGAGAUUACAGCGAUCCAAUCUCCAGCAGCAACAAUGAUGAUAGAAAGAAAUAG